CGCGCCUUGGACUUGUAUGCAAACGCUGUUCAUAUUCGAAGCCUCGAGGGCGUCAAGACGCGCCACACUGAUGUCGAUUUUGUUGUCGUCCGCGAAUGUCUUGAGGGCGAGUAUUCGUCCAUGGAGCAUGAAUCAGUACCUGGUGUUGUAGAGUCCAUGAAGAUCAUAACUCGCCUAAACUCGGAGCGAAUAGCCAAGUUUGCCUUCGAUUUCGCCAAACGUAACGGUCGCAAAAAAGUGACAGCCGUUCACAAGGCCAAUAUUAUGUAA